UAUACUGCUAAGUUUUCAGCCUUCCGCAGUAGGAGAAGAUUUCAUUUCAUACGCAGUCCAGCAGAACCUCUCUCGCCAGUUUAGCCCUAGGAGGCUUGAAUCAGGAGUGCAAAUCAACUCAACUAGUGUGAAGAUGUCUCAAAAAGGAUUGAUGGAGCAGGAUUUAAGCCAGCUGGAUGUGACCCAGUUACAUCCGCUCUCACCUGAAGUUAUUUCUCGUCAGGCUACAAUAAAUAUUGGCACAAUUGGUCACGUGGCACAUGGUAAGUCAACAGUGGUAAAAGCGAUAUCUGGCGUUCAGACUGUUCGUUUUAAAAAUGAACUUGAGCGCAACAUUACUAUUAAGCUUGGAUAUGCAAAUGCAAAGAUAUACAAAUGUGAAGAUGAACGGUGCCCUCGACCCAUGUGCUACAAAGCUUAUGGAAGCGGAAAGGAAGAUAGUCCGUUAUGUGAUGUGCCUGGAUUUGAAAAGUGCAGGAUGAAACUACUGAGACAUGUGUCUUUUGUAGAUUGCCCAGGGCAUGACAUUCUCAUGGCUACCAUGCUCAAUGGUGCUGCAAUAAUGGAUGGAGCUUUACUUCUAAUAGCUGCUAAUGAGACCUGCCCCCAACCGCAGACUGCUGAGCAUCUUGUUGCUGUUGAAAUUAUAGGACUUAAACAUAUAAUUAUCCUUCAAAAUAAAGUUGAUCUGGUGCAGCAAAAUUUAGCCAUCAAUCAGAAUGAUGCAAUCCAAAAAUUUAUCCAGAAAACUGUUGCUGAAGGUGCACCAGUGGUACCAAUUUCUGCUCAGUUAAAAUAUAAUAUUGAUGUUGUGUGUGAGUAUAUUGUGAAAAAGAUACCUGUUCCAGAGAGGAAUUUUGUCUCGCCACCUAAUAUGAUCGUAAUCCGAUCCUUUGAUGUCAAUAAGCCUGGUUCGGAGGUCGAGGAAAUAAAAGGCGGUGUUGCUGGGGGAAGCAUCCUCAGGGGUGUUUUAAAGGUAAAUCAGUUCAUUGAAAUUCGGCCUGGGAUUGUAGUAAGAGAUGAAAGUGGCAAUGUCAAAUGCACCCCGAUCUAUACUAGAAUAGUUUCUUUAUAUGCUGAGCAAAAUGAGCUGCAGUUUGCAGUCCCAGGGGGUUUAAUUGGGGUUGGCACUACUAUGGACCCCACUUUGACUCGUGCUGAUAGAUUGGUCGGUCAGGUUCUUGGGGAGGUUGGGUCACUGCCUGAAGUUUAUAUCGAACUGGAGGUUAAUUUCUUCCUUCUAUGGCGACUUGUGGGUGUGAGGACCAAGGGCUCGGAGAAGCAGGGAAGGGUCUCAAAGCUGGCGAAGGGGGAGAUUUUGAUGUUGAAUAUAGGGUCCAUGUCAACAGGGGCUCGAGUUCUUGCCGUGAAGAAUGAUAUGGCCAAGUUGCAACUCACUUCUCCAGUGUGCACCACCAAGGGGGAGAAGAUUGCACUGAGCAGACGAAUUGAGAAGCAUUGGCGUCUUAUUGGAUGGGGCCAGAUUCAGGCUGGAACCACCCUUGAUGUCCCUCCGUGCCCCCUUUGACUGAAGAGUAACAAGGAGAGAACACAAGAAGCAAGAAAAACUAGUAAAAGGGAAGAAUAGAGAUUUAGGGAAGAUGUGGGAGGGCAGACAAUUGCUGGGAACAAUAUUUGUCAGGUGGAGAAGGAAACAUGGUUGAGUUGUUUUAACUGUUUUAAUUUUUUUUUUACCCUUUAAUGUUAUCUUCUGAUGAUUCAACACUUCAUGGCUUGGACUUAGAUUUAAUUAUUCCUGAUGAGCUUGCGGCAGUUUAUGUUAUAUGAAA